ACCGUCCAUCAAAGUCUCCCGAUUCAAAGUUUUGGCGGGGAUCAAAAUCAAUUCGCUUAGAGGUGGCAAAAAGGGAAAAAAGAAUAAGAAAAAUCUCUGGUUCUCUUAUGGGUUUCUUUCCUUCUCUCGAACUGGAAAAGUCUGUAAUUGCAAAAUUGAUGGAAAUGGGAUUCGAUAAUUCUUCUGCGAUUCAAGCUGUUAAUAAAGUGGGUCCUCUAUUGAAUGAUGCUGUUGAUUUAAUCUUGAAUAGUUCUUGUAGAGAUAAUUCAAUUACAUCCACUAGUUCUGCAUGUUCAACAAGCAAUAGAAAGGCUUUGGCUAAAAGAACUUCACAGUCUAGCAUAUUAGAUCAUUUCCAAUCUGCAGGUAGACCUAAAAGAAUCAGGAGUGAUAAUAAUGUACCUGAGGUACCAAUUUCUAAAUCAGGGGUCUCGCCCAAUCAUGUAGAUGAGGUUAAUGAAUAUUCAACUGUACCCAAAGAAGAGUUGGACGUUGGAUUAGAUUGGGAAAGUAGAGCUAAUGGUCUCCUGCAUAAACAUUUCGGUUAUCUUUCUUUGAAGAGUUUCCAAAAGGAAGCAUUAGCUGCUUGGGUAGCUCACCAAGACUGCCUUGUUCUCGCUGCUACAGGAUCUGGAAAAUCUCUGUGUUUCCAGAUUCCAGCAUUGUUAACAGGGAAGGUUGUCGUUGUGAUUUCACCAUUAAUAAGCUUGAUGCAUGAUCAAUGCUUAAAGCUAUCAAGACACGGGAUCUCUGCAUGCUUUCUUGGGUCUGGCCAACCUGACAGCGCAGUGGAAAAGAAAGCAAUGAGAGGCAUGUAUGACAUAAUAUAUGUUUGUCCUGAGACAGUUUUCAGACUGAUAAAACCACUUCAAGGGCUUGCAGAAAGUCGUGGAAUUGCUUUGUUUGCAAUUGAUGAAGUCCAUUGUGUCUCUAAGUGGGGCCAUGACUUUCGACCUGACUACAGGCGUCUAUCAGUAUUGCGGAAGAACUUUAGUAUUGGCAAUCUGCCAUUUUUAAAAUUUGAUAUACCAUUGAUGGCAUUGACUGCAACUGCCACAAUUCAGGUUCAAGAAGACAUUAUUAAAUCAUUGAGCAUGUCAAAGGAAAGAAAGACUGUGCUUACUUCCUUUUUCCGACCAAAUCUACAGUUCUCAGUAAAACAUAGCAGAACCUCAUCUCCUUCUUCUUAUGAGAAGGAUUUUCGCAAGUUGAUAGAUAUAUAUGUCAGAAAGAGAAAUGCAGGAACCAAGACACAGAGGAUGUUCUCAAAAGUAGUAAAUGAUUGUUCUGGAAAUGCUGCUGAUCAAAGCCUAUCAGAGGAAGAUGUAUUUUCUUCAAGUGGCAUGAUCAGCACGGAGGAUGAAUGCAGUGAUGUAGAUGAUGAUGAAGUAACUUUAACAAAGGAAAAUGGAUCAACUGCAUCAGAGGGAAAAAGACUGUCAAUUGAUUAUUUGGAAAAUGACGUUGAUAUCUUUCAGAAUGUGGAUGAUUGGGAUGUUGCAUUUGGCGAGUUCUGCGGACAAUCUCCUUGCAAUGACUGGGAUGUACAUAAACUGCCCAAGACAGUUGAUCCCCCUUGUGCAGCAGAAGAAAGAUUAAAACUUUUGCAAGAGCCUUUACGAGAAGGACCAACAAUCAUAUAUGUUCCUACAAGAAAAGAAACAUUGAGAAUUGCAAAUUAUCUUUGUGAUUUUGGUCUGAAGGCUGCUGCUUAUAAUGCAUCGUUGCCAAAAUCACAUCUGCGGCGGGUUCACAAGGAGUUUCAUGAAAAUAUGCUAGAGGUUGUUGUUGCAACAAUUGCUUUUGGAAUGGGGAUUGAUAAGUCAAAUGUUCGAAGAAUCAUCCAUUAUGGAUGGCCACAGAGUUUGGAAGCAUACUAUCAAGAAGCAGGUCGUGCCGGAAGGGAUGGGAAACCAGCAGAAUGCAUUUUAUAUGCAAACCUGUCAAGAGCGCCGUCUCUUUUGCCAAGUAAAAGAAGUGAAGUUCAGGCCAAACAAGCAUACAAGAUGUUGUCCGACUGUUUCAGAUAUGGAAUGAAUACCUCAAAUUGUCGAGCUAAAACACUUGUCCAGUAUUUUGGUGAAGAUUUCACUUCUGAGAAGUGUCUCUUGUGUGACGUGUGUGUUAGAGGGCCUCCUAAAAUGCAUAAUUGGAAAGAGGAGGCUGACAUUCUGAUGCAGAUUAUUGCUGCCCAUCAUGGACAAAGCAGUUCUCUUGAUGGUGCAUAUGAUGAUACAUUUGGUGACCUGAAAUCACAUAGAUCAGUGCAGAGGCCAAACCUCAGGAUGUUUGUCAGCAAAUUAAGAGAGCAGAUGUUGCUUCUGAUGGUUUUGCCGUGGUGGUUGGUUCAGUCUCAAAAGUUUUGGGGAAAAGACUUUCUAUGGUGGCGAGGUCUUGUGCGGAUUAUGGAAGGUAAAGGGUACAUCAGAGAAGGUGAUGACAAGAUUCAUGUUCAAAUAAAAUUCCCAGAGCCAACGAAACUGGGAAUGGAGUUUCUGGAAUAUGAAAGAGAUCAACCUUUCUACAUUUAUCCUGAAGCAGACAUGCUACUCGCAAUGAACCAACGCAAAUCUUAUUCUACUUUUGCAGACUGGGGAAAAGGCUGGGCUGAUCCUGAGAUCCGCCGUCAGCGCUUAGAAAGAAAGCGAAAAGAAAGAAAGCCACGAAAGCAAAGACAGUCGCGAAGCAGAAAGUCCAGUAAACCGAAAGCAGAUAUGAAAACUGCUAGAGGCAGAAUAACAGCAAAACUGUUCAAACAGAAGUGAUACAUAACGUUCUUUCUUUUUCUUUUUUGACCUUCAAAGAAGAUUGCAUUACUGGUGGGUUUGACAAGGACAUGAGUUCAAUUUUUAGGAAGAGGGUUUUCUUUCUGAGGCUAUUGUCUCAAGAGCGAAUGGGGAGCAUGCAUGAGUAUGAAAUAGUGUCGUAGGUGAUGUAGUUUGUACAGUGAGAGAGCCAAGAUUAUUAUUUCAUUUUGGCACGGGGUGGAUCUCACCAUCUAAAAGUAAGAUCCAUUACUGUCGUGCGCAUGUGUCUUCCUAUAGCAAUAACAUACAUUAAUAAACAAUUAUGAUCAAGUCUCACCACUUUGGAACAUUAAA